AUGAGUGACUCUGAGAAACCGAAAGACAAGGGUGAGACUGUUCCUGAGGCCUGCUGGCCUGAAAAUGGAGAUCAGUGGAGUGAUGGAGGAGAAAUGGAAGAAUCUGUGCUCAUUCAAGAAAUGGUGGAAGAGGAUGAGGAGAUUGACCUGUACAAUGAAGAGACCUUCGGAUUAGACCUAAGUGUUGAAGACUUGGAGGCAGAUCCUGUUGAUCUUCUGUUAAUGGAAGGAAACCAGCCUUCCUCACCCCCUCAUCCAUCACCACACGAGUCCUCUCCUCCCAGCCCUGAAGCUGAAAUCAAGCCCCAGGCUCCUGCAGGCCUGAGCGAAAGGUCCUGCAGCCGAAGGGAGCGAGUCGGUAAGGGGCAGCUGCUUGAUGAUCCAGCUGUGAUGAGGACUGUGGAAGGUCCACCCAGUCUCAAGAGUUUGGACAGCGCUAUUGUGGACUGUGGACGCAGUUCAGGCUGGGGGGAUCUCAACGCAAACAUGUGGAUGAUGUCAUCACCUUACAGCCCAGUGAGACAAACACCUCUCUUACAAGACAAAGCCAUUGUGCAAGUGAUCGACAGGUCAUCUCGUGGUAGGUUGCCGUUCAUGUCCCCUAACUUGCAAUCGCCAGUACAGAGGCCUCUCCCUCAGCAGACACCUGCGUGUCCAGUGAUGCCUAGAUCUCCAAUAUGCCCUCGGAGUCCAUUCUCAAUUAAACAGCAGUACAACCAGCCAGGCAUUUAUCUUUCGCCCUCUGCUCCACACUUCCGUUCUCCCAAAAUGAUGCCACUGCAGUUUGGACCAAACUCACCCCGGCCUGGCCCCUGCUUCAGCCCUUUACCCAGCCCCCUCCCUCAGAGGUUCAGGUUCCCAGUCUUGGCAACCCAAUUCCAUCCACAGCACAAGAGACUGUUGAGUCAGCGUCCUCAAGGCUUUCGGAGAAAGCCAAAGUAUUGGGAUCAUUAUGCUGAGUUUAUGUCGGCCAAGGAGAAGGAGUGGAUCAUUAAAUUGCAGAUGAUCCAGCUACAAAGUGAGAACCCACAUCAGGAUGAUUACUACUACCAGGAAUACUAUCGGAGACUGGAGGCAAAAUUGGCUGAGGAGGAAAUGCUGGGUGACCGCUCUAAGAGGGAACCACCCAAACUCACAACACCAUACGUCAGCAAAACUGUCUCAUACACUCCAGUGGUUCAUAUUGAGGGCUCGCUGGGUCAAGUUGCAGUUUCUACGUGUUACUCACCACGUCGAGCCAUCGAUGCUGUCCAUGGUCACAGUGUGGAAGAACAGAAAGACAGACAGCAGAGACUUGAGGUGCUGAACACCAUUGAGAAUUGCUACAUCAUUUUGUUGGGGGUGGAGGAAGCUGAGCAAGCAAAGGCAAGUAUUUCGGAUGAAGAGGAGAAGCAGAGAAGGCUAGAGACCAUUCAGAGAGGAGUGGAGCAGAUCAGCAGUCAGCUAUGCAACCCCAAUUCUUUGGAGUCUGAAGAAGCGUUUCUACCAUGCCUCUUGGUUUCAAAAGGGAAAAAGCUGCUGGCGAGGCUCCUCCCAUUUCUAUCCCAUGAUUCAUCUCUACAGGUUCUGAGAGUGAUCUCAACACAGCUGCCAGCACUGAUGAGCCGAGAUGUAGAUGAGGCUCUUCCUGUCCUCUACCCAUCUCUCCGAGCUGUAAUUGGCACAUUGAACUUCACUCAGCUGGUCAGCAUUCUUCAGAACUUCACUAUGGCCUUACCUGACUCCACAGACUUGCGCUUAACACUGGCCUGCCAGAAUAAGUUUGGUCUGUCCUUGCUGUAUGCAUUGCUUUCACAUGGUGAGAGACUCCUGACCUCUGAUGUUCCCAUGGAGCCAAGCAUUGGUGACUUUGAGAGCUGGACGGACACUGUUUUCCAUGUGGCACGGCAGCUGUCCCGCUCAUCCCUCAUUGAGCCACUCUGCUUACCCUCCAACCUGCUCACGCUGUUCUGCCGCUAUUUGGACAAACACACUGUCCAGCAGCUCAAAAACAACAUGGAGUCUUCAGCUGGCUAUCUGGCUGUAGGUUCCUGA